UUUUGGAGGAAAAGCCCCUCAAGAUCGUCCUGUCCAACCGUUAACCCACCGCUGGCACUAACCCAUUGUGGAGUAUCUUCCAGACAGUCAUCUUGAGUUACUGGAACGACCUUGACCAAAAUAGAAUGAGAAACCAGAAUGUUUUUGUACAAGAAAAGAUAUUUACAGUGUGUCAGCCAAGCUGCCAGAGUGCGUGCAAGAUUAAGUAAACCAAUGGAAAGAUAACUCUUAAGUGCGUGAACAGCUAGCCUAAGCCAAUUAAAACAGAAAGUUAAACGCAUGUACAACAGCUGCUAACUAUAAAUGUAAGUGCCUUGCAGAAAUAAAGGGUCUCUUGGUUCACCCAUGCCAGGAGUCCGUGUGGUCAAUCCCUCAGCCCGUGUCCCUGAGAACCUCAUCUCCACCUCUGUUCAACCCUCCAGGGAUAAAUAAAGCGGUAAAAGGGAAGAUACCUGCUCUUGCCAGGGUGGCAGAGGAGGGUGAGCACAAGGACGGGUCGAGACUGUUCCUCAGGAGACUUCAGGCACUCACAGAAGUACAAAAGAGUAAUUCUGGGCGUAUUUGCUGACAAGUGCUGCAGAAAAACUAUCCUGAACUGAGAGCAAUGGAAUGGGGCAUAGCAAACCCCGUUAACUCUCCUUGUACUUGGGUUUCCUAGUGAAGUCUUGCAUGUAAAUAAUGCGACAUGCUUCUCUGUUUCAAGUAGAGAUCGUUGUUUUAUUGACCGAGCAUAACUGAAGGAUCAUCAUGACUUGUUCCGGCCAGUCUGUGGAUCGUGCAAAAUGUAGAAAAGCUGGAUUAAUUUAGGGAGGGAAACUGAAGAUGUUGGCAGAGCAAAGGUGGUAAAAGGCAAAGCAAAUCCGAGCUGAAGAAGGACAAGGAGUCGUGAGGUGCCUAAACAAUAAAAAUCGCACAAAAUGCAAAAGGCGCCCUGGAGACUUCAUCACAGAACAGCACAGAAAACUGGAAACAGUCCAUCUGAGGCCGUCAGAGUCCUUUCCACAUUAAAUGGGACUUCAUUGGCACUAACCACAUAUCGGCUGUGGUGACCACGCCUCCCCCAGUUAAAAUUUGCGAUGAAGGAGCAGGAGCGUCUGGGAUUUGAGAGGGAGAACGUGCAGGCGAGUCUGCUGCUGGCCAGGCAUGUAAAACAGCUGUGUUCUCAGAAAGAACAGCAAAAUCCUUCCUGCUUUUGGUAUGAUGCUGGAAAAGUGUUCCUUCUGUAAAAAAGGGGAAUGUAUCAAACCUGUAAAAGUGGAAAAAAAAACUGGAAAAGCAGCAGCCAAGAUCAGAAUUGAAGCAGAUGGAAGCUAUUUUCAGAUCAAUCAGGAUGGAGAAGCACAGAAACUGGAAAAGGCUAAAAUUACUCUGAACGACUGUCUGGCUUGUAGUGGCUGCAUUACAUCAGCAGAAAGUGUUUUAAUCACCCAACAGAGCCACGAAGAGCUCUGCAAAAUGCUGACGUUUAACAAGACUGCCGCUCCCAAUGAACAGAAAUUGGUGGUGAUUUCUGUUUCACCACAAUCCAGAGCUUCACUAGCAGCAAAAUGUAAACUGGGUGUUCAGGAAACAGCACAGAAGCUGACCGCGUUCUUCAAGAGUUUAGGUGUGCACUAUGUUUUUGAUACAACUUUCUCAAGAAACUUCAGCCUAUUGGAAAGCCAACGAGAGUUUGUGAAACGCUUUCGGAAGCAAUCCGAAGACAAAAAGGCUUUGCCAAUGCUGGCUUCUGCCUGUCCAGGUUGGAUCUGCUAUGCAGAGAAGACCCACGGCAGCUUCAUCAUUCCCUAUAUCAGCACCACCAAGUCUCCCCAGCAGGUCAUGGGCUCCUUGAUCAAGGGCCAUUUUGCAGAACAGCAGCACUUAACCCCUGACCGGAUAUACCACGUCACAGUGAUGCCCUGUUAUGACAAAAAGCUGGAGGCUUCGCGGCCAGACUUUUUCAACCAGGAAUACCAAACCCGUGACGUGGACUGUGUCAUCACCACAGGAGAAGUUCUGAAGUUGUUGGAACAAGAGGGAGUGUCUCUAUCAGAUGUAGAUCCCGCUGCUUUGGAUACCAUGUUUGGUAGCGCUGCAGGAGAGGAACUCACUGGCCAUGCGGGAGGAGGUUCUGGUGGCUAUUUGGAGCAUAUCUACAAAUACGCAGCCAAGGAGCUCUUUGGAAUUCAAGUGGACACAAUUCAGUACAAACCUUUAAAAAACAAGGACUUCCAGGAGGUGACGCUGGAGAAGGAUGGGGCCGUCCUGCUCCAGUUUGCGUUGGCGUACGGGUUUCGCAACAUACAGAACUUGGUGCAGAAGCUGAAACGAGGGAGGUCGCCCUAUCACUAUGUUGAAGUCAUGGCCUGCCCAUCAGGCUGUUUAAAUGGAGGUGGUCAGAUCAAACUUGACGGGGAAUCCAGCAAGGAGCAGCUUCAGCAAGUCGAGAGGUUGUACGAGUCCCUUCAGACUGAAGUUCCGGAGGAGAACCGGGCUGUGCAGGAGCUGUACGAGCAGUGGCUGGGUGGCACGGGCUCGGGAAAGGCUGCGGAAGCUUUGCACACAGGGUACCACGCGGUGGAGAAAACGAGCGCUGGAUUUAACAUCAAGUGGUGAAGAUGGACGCUGUGGAGCCCCAAUACGGACACUCAGUGCCUUUUUAACUCUGGUGGAUUUAAGAUUCUCAAAAGACAGCUAGUGUUCUCUGCCGCCACUGGGAGUUUGCAAUUUCUGACUCUCGUUAAGGUAAUGCGCAUAGAGCCCGGCAGUAUUAAUUCAUACAGCUUUGUAAUUAUUGAAGUGGCGUCAAUAAAAAAUAAACCUUGACUUAAAACACGUCAAAA